AUGUCGCAAAACAUCUCGGGCUUCCAGGCUGCCUACAUCACCAUAGAGGUGCUGAUUGCCCUUAUAUCCAUACCUGGGAAUAUCCUGGUGAUUUGGGCUGUUAAGGUGAACCAGGCCCUGCGAGAUGCCACCUUCUACUUUAUUGUCUCACUGGCAGUUGCAGACGUUGCUGUGGGGGCCCUGGUCAUCCCGCUGGCCAUCAUCAUCAACAUUGGGCCACAGAUACAGUUCUACAGCUGCCUGAUGGUGGCCUGUCCUGUCCUCAUCCUCACGGAGAGCUCCAUCCUGGCGCUGUUGGCCAUUGCUGUGGACCGAUAUCUCCGAGUGAAGAUCCCUAUGCGCUACAGGAGUGUUGUGACUCCCAGGCGUGCUGGGGCGGCUAUUGCUUGCUGCUGGCUGGUCUCCUUCCUUGUGGGGCUGACCCCUAUGUUUGGCUGGAACAAUUUCAACGAAAUGCAACGAAAGGCUAAGGAAGCAAAUUCCAGCCAGACAGAGUUCACAGUCAGUUGCCAGUUUGAGAAUGUUAUCAGCAUGGAAUACAUGGUCUACUUCAAUUUCUUUAUCUGGGUGUUACCUCCAUUGCUCCUCAUGCUUCUCAUCUACCUGGAGGUCUUCAAGAUCAUCCGUAGGCAACUUAACAAAAAAGUUGCAUCCAGCACAACAGACCCCGAGAAAUAUUACGGGAAGGAGCUGAAAAUUGCCAAGUCCCUUGCCUUGGUUCUCUUCCUGUUCGCAGUCAGCUGGCUGCCCCUGCACAUGCGCAACUGCAUCAGCUUUUUCUGCACCUCCUGCAAGACCCCUAGCGCCCUUACCUACAUUGCUAUAUUUCUUACCCAUGGGAACUCAGCCAUGAACCCUAUUGUUUACGCCUUUAGGAUUAAAAAAUUCAGGACCACAUUCCUGCAAAUCUGGAACCAGUAUUUUUGCUGCAAAUUGGACAAGAACAUGAACAAUAUUGACAACACUGACAUUGCCAUCUAG